UGACGCUAAAAGCUGCGGCGUUUCCGGCCAGCUCAGCGCGUCUGUGCUGCGGUGUUGUCACUUUUUACAGCCCGUCCGUCCGCCCGUCAGACCGCCGCUGCUGCUGCCGACCAGCUGGGACCUUUCCUCCGGGCCGUGGACACACAGCGGGACGCUUCGCAGAGAUGUUGCUGCUGACGAUGAUCGCUCGGCUGGCCGACGGUCUGCCGCUGGCCGCUUCAAUGCAGGAGGACGAGCAGGGAAGCGAGAAGGUGGGUCGAGAUCUCCAGCAGUAUCAGACUCAGGCCAAGCAGCUUUUCAGGAAACUCAACGAGCAGAGUCCCACACGCUGCACUUUAGAGGCGGGAUCCAUGGCGUUUCACUAUUUCAUAGAUCAAGGAGUUUGCUACCUUGUGCUGUCCGAGGCCAGCUUUCCUAAGAAGCUAGCCUUUGCGUACCUUGAAGACCUGCAGGCAGAGUUUCACGAGCAGCACGGGAAGAAGGUCCAGACAGUAUCCCGUCCUUACUCCUUCAUUGAGUUUGACACCUACAUUCAAAAAACCAAGAAGUUGUACAUCGACAGCAGAGCACGGAGGAAUCUGGGCAGCAUCAACACGGAGCUCCAGGAUGUGCAGAGGAUCAUGGUGGCUAACAUAGAGGAGGUCCUGCAGAGAGGGGAGGCUCUCUCUGCGCUAGACUCCAAAGCCAGCAACUUGUCCAGCCUGUCGAAAAAGUACAGGAGCGACGCCAAGUACCUGAACACCCGCUCCACUUACGCCAAGCUGGCAGCAGGUGGCGUCUUUUUCAUCAUGCUCAUGAUCUACGUCCGCUUCUGGUGGCUCUGAGUGACGAAAGAGACGAAGAGGAAGGAUGUAGAGAAGUGGAAGGAAAAUAUAUUAAAAAAAAGCGAGCCUCACACAGUCUGCAGACGUGGAGAGAAAGCUUUCACUUUUGAUGAAAAACAGGAUCCCUGCUUCUUAAGGAGACUUUACAGACUUUCCGUACCACCGCUCUGUCUGUCCUCACCUUGUCCGUGCGUGGAUGUCCGAUCCCAGAUAAACGAUGUCAGAAUGCUUUUUGUUUUAUUCUUAUUAACACUAAAUACUCUCCAAGUUGCCCUGAAAUUCAGAGGAAAUGAGUAAACGUGCGAGUGAGAAUGUGGGCUGCUUGUUUUUUUUUGAAGGUGAUUUGUGGGUAAGUGAAGAGAAAAAAAAAAAAAACUUCCUGUGCUGUGAGCUUCUAAAGCUGUUCUGUGCUAUUAAAAGGAGUGCGGUUAAAUCUUCUGUAUGUCUAAUUAUACAGAUGAAAGCAGCUAAUCACCUUUUUUUCUUAUAGCCUGAUCACAUCACUUUGGCAAGACAUCAUUUAACGCAACUAUAGGUGGGAUAAUUUAAUAGAUUACUUUUAAAUUCACAAAUAUUAAGGAAGACAUGAGAUUAAAAGUAGGUAAGGGCACAUCAAAAUAAACUGCAACAUUUCUUACCGUCUAAGCAAGUACACCUGUCUGCUUAGUGUUUGUCACUUUUAUCAUGGGAUGCUAGUGACGCUACAAGUAAUUGCUAUGAUCUGCAGAUGCAGCCUAAUUUGGAUCAAGCCGACCUCACUUUCAGCGUUUUUCUUGCAAAUUAAAAAUGGCUGCAUGUGGAUAGCAGCUAAUGAAGGCGCUUCACGUUGUACACAGAAGGCAGCUCUGGAGAUGCACCGAUCUGUCGACCAGAGAUCGGAAUCAGACUAUUUUUCCCUUGAUGGGCAAACAGCAGAUCAGGUAUUGUAACAUCUGGUCCGUUGGCCUCAGUGUAUCAAAACUAAAAAAAAAAAAAAAAACACCAUCCCCGGCCUAUAAUCUCAUUAUCUACCAGGAUGUACUUGAUGCACUUAAUAAAAGCUCUGCAUAAAUGGGGAAAAAUGUGUUGUUUUGAAUUAAAAGCUUCAACGCUGAUCAAAGAACCUGAAGCGCAUUGUUUCUCGUUCGGGUUAAAAUUAGGGUUAGGCACUUAUUUUCUUUGGGGGGGGAAGCCAAAAUAACUAGGUCUGACCUCAAAGAAAACCAGAAAAGCCUGAUCGGUGCAUCUCCAUGACAGCAGGCUUGUUUUUUAAUGUCAUACUAGCCAACUAAGCAACAUAAACCGUGUUGCUUAGUUGGCUAGUAUGACCGUGGUUGUAUUGCAUCAGUUUUCUGCUAAGCUUUCAUUCUGAUCUCACUUCUUACAUUAGUCUUUCUACUCCUCUUUUGAAAAGCCUGUGGCGGGAUAUUCUGAAUUUUAAGUUUACCGUAAGUGAAAUCACAUCCGCCUGUCUCUGUGUUGUAAGUUAUUAGAUUACUGCGAUCCAUAUAAUCCAUUUCUUAACUUUUUAUGCAUUUCUUUUUUUUUUUUUUAUGGCUGACAUUGAAAAGUUGGAGCUGCACAGCUACCGGCACCAAUGAACUGUAAGCAGAAUAAAUGGUUAAAUAAUAAAUCAACAAACUUUGCAGGA